AUGUCUUUGUUGCUGCGGCUGAAGAAGACCCUCAAAUUCAAUGUUGCUGUUUCAAAUAAACUAGUUUCCUGGAAUCAAAGCGCAGACUGCUCUUCUUGGGGAGGUGUGACCUGGGAUGCCAAUGGUCACGUUGUCGGUCUUGAUCUGAGUAGCGAAUCAAUUUCUGGUGGAUUCAAUAGCUCUAGUAGCCUUUUCAGUUUACAAUAUCUCCAGAGCUUGAAUUUGGCUGGAAACAGCUUCUGCGGAGGAUUGAACUGGCCUAACAACAGCUUCUGCUCUUCUCAAAUUCCAUCAGGAUUUGACAGGCUUGCUAAUUUAAUUUAUCUGAAUUUAUCCAAUUCUGGCUUUUCUGGGCAGAUUCCAAAGGAAUUUUCGCUCUUGACUAGGUUGGUUACCAUCGAUUUCUCCAGCCUUGGUUAUCUCAUUGGAUUUCCUACACUGAAACUUGAGAAUCCAAAUCUGAGAAUGCUGGUUCAGAAUCUCAAGGAGCUUAGGGAACUUCAUCUUAAUGGUGUAGACAUAUCAGCCGAGGGGAAGGAGUGGUGCCAGGCAUUGUCAUCUUCAGUGCCUAAUCUCCAAGUGCUUAGCUUGUCCAGCUGUCAUCUUUCAGGCCCAAUCCAUUCUUCCCUGCAGAAGCUUCGAUCUCUCUCAAGGAUUCGUCUGGAUGACAACAAUUUUGCUGCUCCAGUUCCACAGUUCCUCGCUAGCUUCUCAAAUUUGACUCACUUGCAGCUCAGUUCUUGUGGAUUAACUGGAACGUUUCCAGAAAAGAUCAUUCAGGCAACAACCCUACAGAUUCUUGAUUUGUCAAUUAACUUACUUGAAGAUUCUUUGCCAGAAUUCCCUCAAAAUGGAUCUCUAGAAACAUUGGUGCUUUCGGAUACAAAACUUUGGGGGAAACUACCCAACUCCAUGGGAAAUCUUAAGAAGCUGACUAGAAUAGAGCUGGCACGUUGCCAUUUCAGUGGCCCAAUCCUAAACUCAGUGGCAAACCUUCCUCAACUGAUUUACUUGGACUUGUCUGAAAAUAAGUUUUCCGGUCCAAUUCCAUCUUUUAGUUUGUCCAAGAGACUCACCGAAAUAAACCUUUCCUACAAUAAUUUGACGGGUCCAAUUCCUUUCCACUGGGAACAACUUGUUAAUUUAAUGAAUCUUGACCUGCGGUACAAUGCAAUUACAGGAAAUCUCCCCCCGUCCCUGUUUUCCCUCCCAUCCUUGCAGAGGUUACGACUAGACAACAACCAAAUUUCUGGUCAGUUCAAAAUUCUUUUAAAUGCAUCUUCUAGAUUGAGCACCCUUGGUUUGAGUAGCAACAAUCUCGAAGGGCCGAUACCUGAUUCUGUCUUUGAACUGCGGUGUCUUAGCUUCCUUGACCUAUCUUCCAACAAAUUCAAUGGAAAGAUUGAACUCAGCAAGUUUAAAAAACUUGGGAAUCUUACUGAUCUUAGCCUUUCAUACAACAACCUGUCCAUCAAUUCAACCCUUUGUAAUCUGUCCCCUUCUAUACUGCCUAUGUUUACAACAUUAAGGUUGGCUUCUUGCAGGCUGACAACUUUACCUGAUCUUAGCGGCCAGUCAAGCUUGACACAUUUAGACCUUUCCCAAAACCAAAUUCACGGGAACAUACCUAGUUGGAUUUGGAAGAUUGGUAAUGGCUCUCUUGUGUAUUUGAAUCUCUCUCAUAAUUUACUGGAGGAUCUCCACGAACCUUUCUCUACUUUUACUCCUUAUCUGUCCAUCCUUGACCUACAUUCCAACCAGCUCCAUGGCCAAAUCCCCACUCCUCCCAUAUUUUGCAGCUAUGUGGAUUACUCGAACAACAGUUUCACCUCCUCCAUCCCAGAAGAUAUUGGUACUUACAUCUUCUUCACUAUUUUCUUCUCUCUUUCUAAGAAUAACAUCACUGGAAUUAUCCCUGCAUCAAUCUGCAAUGCCAGUUACCUGCGAGUUCUUGACUUUUCUGACAACGCUUUGAGUGGAAUGAUACCCUCAUGUUUAAUUGGGAACGAGAUUCUUGAGGUCCUGAAUCUACGGAGAAACAAGUUAAGUGCCACUAUACCUGGGGAAUUUUCGGGAAACUGUCUUUUACGGACUCUAGAUCUGAAUGGGAAUCUCUUAGAAGGAAAAAUUCCAGAAUCUCUAGCCAAUUGCAAAGAGUUAGAGGUUUUAAACCUUGGGAACAAUCAGAUGAGUGAUUUUUUUCCUUGCUCGUUGAAGACCAUAAGCAGUUUGCGCGUCCUUGUUCUUCGAUCCAACAGAUUCUAUGGACCCAUUCAAUGUCGACCACAUAGCAAUCCCACCUGGCCACUGCUUCAAAUUAUCGACCUUGCUUCCAACAAUUUUAGUGGUGACUUGUCAGGAAAAUUCUUUUUAACCUGGAAGGCAAUGAGGGCUGAUAAAGAUGGAGCCAGGUCAGAGCUCAAUCACCUACAACUUCAGGUACUACAAUUCAGCCAAGUGUACUAUCAGGAUACGGUGACUGUCACCAGCAAAGGCCUAGAAAUGCAGCUUGUGAAGAUUCUAACCGUCUUCACUGCCAUUGAUUUCUCCUUCAACAAUUUCCAAGGGGAGAUACCAGAAGCUAUGGGAAGCUUGAUUUCACUUUAUGCUCUCAACCUGUCCCAUAAUGCUUUGACGGGCCAAAUCCCAUCAUCACUAGGGAAGUUGCGGCAGCUUGAGUCAUUGGACCUCUCACAGAACAGCCUUAGGGGGGAGAUACCAGCACAGUUUGUGAGCCUAAAUUUCCUUUCCUUCCUUAACCUCUCCUUUAAUCAACUGGAGGGAGAAAUCCCCACAGGUACUCAACUUCAAACGUUUUUGGAAUCUUCUUAUGAAGGGAACAAAGAACUAUGCGGACCCCCCUUGAAGAGGAAAUGCACAGAUCCAUCCCCACCCACCUAUGAAGAAACACAUCCGGAUUCUGGGAUGAAGAUUAACUGGGUGUACAUAGGUGCUGAAAUUGGAUUUGUCACCGGUAUAGGAAUUGUGAUUGGGCCUCUUGUGUUAUGGCGAAGGUGGAGACGGUGGUACUACACACAUGUGGAUAGACUUCUUUUGAGGAUUCUCCCGCGUCAAGGCGAAGGAGUUCAUGGCAGGAGACGUCGCAGAAAUCAGGGACGGAGACUCUAG